CACGAGGGCUCAGCUUACAGGCAACUCUGAGGAUAAAUAGCCCAGAAGGAGCUACUUCUCCUGACCCUCCUGUCCUCACCAUGGGGGGCUCUGCUCUCUGCCUGGUGGCCGUGUUUGCUUUCUACUUCCCGGCUGUUUCUCACAGCCAACUCUACUCCCUGAUCACGCCCAACGUCCUGCGGGUGGAGAGUGAAGAGAAGGUCGUGGUGGAAGCCCAUGGCCUCAAUUCCCCAGUUGCGGUUACAAUCAUUGUGCAGGACUUCCCGCUUAAGAAAAACAUCUUAUACCAGGUCCAAACCAACCUCAACUCUGCGAAUGGGAUGAUGGGCACAGCCAUAAUAAAGGUUCCCACCAAAGACAUAAAGAAAGAUUCCAGACAAAACCAGUAUGUUGUAGUCAAGGCUACGUUCCCUCAGCAAACCCUGGAGAAAGUGGUACUGGUCCAUUUCCACAGUGGAUACAUCUUUAUCCAGACGGAUAAAACCAUCUAUACACCCGGGUCUACAGUCCUCUACCGGAUCUUCACCGUGGGUCACAAACUGGAACCGGUGUCUAAGACAGUGAUUGUGGAGUUUGAGACCCCUGAGUCCAUUAUUGUCAAGCAGAUUCCCAUCUCCGCCCCCUUGAAAUCAGGCAUCUUCUCCCUGAGCCACCCCUUGCCGGACAUUAUCAGUCUGGGAACCUGGAAGAUCACGGCCAAGUAUGAAGACUCCCCUCAGCAGACCUUCAGUGCGCAAUUUGAUGUUAAGGAGUACGUGUUGCCGAGUUUCGAAGUCAUAUUGGAACCGUCUGAGAAGUUUUUAUACAUCGAUAGCAAUGAAGACUUCAGGGUUUCUAUCACUGCGAGAUACCUAUAUGGGAAAAAACUAGAUGGCAAUGCCUUUGUCCUCUUUGGGGUGAAGAUGGAUGAUGAGAAGAGGAGUAUCCCGCAGUCUCUCAAGAGAAUCUCGAUAGAAGAUGGAGAUGGGGAAGCAACGCUGACCAGAGCGAUGCUGCGGGCUCGGUUCGCCAACCUGAACGAACUGGUUGGCCACUCGCUCUACGUCUCUGUCACCGUUUUGACAGAAUCUGGCAGCGACAUGGUGGAAGCGGAGAGAACCGGAAUUAGCAUUGUGACAUCUCCCUAUCAGAUCCACUUCACAAAAACACCCAAGUACUUCAAGCCGGGGAUGCCAUUUGAACUCAUGGUCUAUGUCACAAACCCUGAUGGCUCCCCAGCGCCCCGUGUCCCAGUACAGGCUGAAGGAUUCCAGUCGGCUGGGUCGACCCAGGGAGAUGGAACUGCCAAGCUGAUUAUAAACAUGCCCGGGGAUAGGCAGCAGGUUCCCAUCACGGUAAAAACUGCCCAUCCCAACCUCCCAGCAAACCGCCAGGCCUCUAAGUCCAUGGUGGCUGAAGCCUAUCAGUCCCAAGGAGGGUCUCAAAACUAUCUCCAUCUGGCGGUGACGGCUUCUGACCUCAAACCUGGAGACAACUUACCUGUGAAUUUCCACCUGAAGAGCAACAAUCCAGCUGUUCUGAACCAGAUCCGGUAUUUCACCUACAUAAUCCUGAAUAAAGGGAAGAUCAUUCGUGUAGGGAGACAGGACAGGCAGGUGGGACAAAAUCUGGUGACCAUGUCCCUGCCCAUCACUCCAGACCUCGUCCCUUCAUUCCGCAUCGUGGCUUACUACCAAGUAGGAAAUUCGGAGAUUGUAGCAGACUCGGUCUGGCUGGACAUCCAGGACACUUGCAUGGGAACGCUAGUGGUGAAAGGAGCCAGCAACGAAGACAGGAGAAUCCAUGAGCCGGGAACUCCAAUGAAACUCAAGCUGGAAGGAGACUACAAAGCUUAUGUCGGCCUGGUGGCCGUGGACAAAGGGGUCUACGUUCUGAACAAAAAACACAAAAUUACACAAUCUAAGAUCUGGGACUCCGUGGAGAAGAGUGACAUUGGCUGUACGGCUGGCAGUGGAAAGAACAAUCUGGGGGUAUUUGCGGAUGCUGGACUGGCCCUGGAGACGAGCAAUAGGAUUUCCACAGUCCAGAGAACAGAUCCAGAGUGUCCUCAGCCAGCAAAACGCCGGCGUCGCUCCGUUCAGCUCAUUGAGUAUAAGGCAAUGAAAACGGCAGAUUACCAGGACCGGAAGCUGAAGAAAUGCUGUGAAGACGGGAUGCACGAGAACCCCAUGGGGCACACUUGCGAGAAGCGGGUUGGGUACAUCCUGGAUACGGAUGAAUGCAAGAAGACCUUCCUCGACUGCUGCAAUUAUAUCAAGACCAUACGGGACAAGCUGCAACGGGAGCUCCACCUGGAACUUGCAAGAAGUGACUUGGAUGAAGAUUUCAUGUCUGACGAAGAUAUCACCUCAAGGAGCCAGUUUCCAGAGAGCUGGUUGUGGCAAGUGGAGCAGCUGAAUGAGCGACCAAAUGAACUGGGAAUUUCUUCCAAAACGGUGCCUAUUUUCCUGAAGGAUUCCAUCACCACCUGGGAAGUCCUGGCUGUGAGCCUUUCAGAGACCAAAGGGAUCUGUGUGGCUGACCCCUAUGAGAUAACAGUAAUGAAAGAUUUUUUCAUCGACCUCCGGCUGCCCUACUCUGUAGUGAGGAAUGAGCAGGUGGAAAUCCGGGCUAUUCUCUACAACUAUCGGGACCAAACAAUUAAGUGGAUCCAUCUGCGAAAGGACCAGGGGGAGUCCAGGAAGUGAAGGUGAAAGCGGCAGAUAUAGAUGACAGGGUUCCAGACACAGAAUCGGAGACCAAAGUCAGCAUCCAAGGAAACCCUGUGACAAUCAUUGUCGAAAACUCCAUCGACGGGGCCAACCUGAAGCACCUCAUUGUGACGCCGUCUGGCUGUGGGGAACAGAACAUGAUCAGCAUGACGCCCCCAGUCAUCGCCACCAUCUACCUGGACAGCACCGAGCAGUGGGAAAAGAUCGGGGUGGAACGCAGAGCGGAAGCCAUCAAGUUGAUCAUGCAAGGUUACACGCAGCAGAUGGUUUACAAAAAACCCGACUUCUCUUACGCCGCUUUCAAAAACCGGCCAUCAAGCACUUGGCUGACGGCCUACUUGGCAAAGGUCUUUGCUAUAGCUAAGAAACUGGUGCCCAUUGAAAAUCAAGUUAUCUGCGGAGCAGUGAAAUGGCUGAUCCUGGAAAAGCAGAAACCGGAUGGGGUCUUCCAAGAAGAUGCCCCUGUAAUCCACGGAGAGAUGGUGGGAGGGUACAAGGGUGCUGAGCCUGAUGUCUCUUUAACGGCUUUUGUGCUGAUUGCAUUGGAAGAGGCCAAGGACAUCUGCAAGGAUCAAGUCAAAGUGAGUAUCUCUGCACCGUAUGUGCACUUCUACGUUCAUACCCACGUAUAUUAACUUCUACGUUGAUAU